CCCCACUCGGCGGCCGUGUCUGUGGCGGAUCACAGUGUCUCGCUGGGCCCACUCAACGCAGCUCCAGCGCAGCCAGUCCGCACCGACCCGAAGCAGAGAGUCCACGCCAGAGAAAAGACGAGCACAUCAUUUACGCAACACACGGUGGAAUCUUGUUUUCUUCGACAGAGUGACGCUGAUUUGCAUAUCCACUUCCACUCCUUCCUCAUUUGCAUACAGCAAGAAAUGGCGAGCGGGCAUCCCACAGACAAAUUCAGUUUCAUGUAUCAACCAGACACGCACAAGAGCAAAAACAGGUUGUCUUCAGCCAUGAAUCCAGUCUACAGCCCUGUCCAGCCUGGCACCCCCUACGGAAACCCCAAAAACAUGGCCUUUACAGCAGGCUAUCCAGGGGGUUAUCCUACUACGGCACCCACAUAUACGCCAAACCUCUAUCAAACAGGAAGUCCUGGGUAUCCACCUGGAUAUACUGCAGCGGGUACCCCUUACAAAGUGCCCCCCACUCAGUCAAAUGGAGCACCCCCUCCCUACACCCCAACCCCUACCCCAUACCCGACAGCUAUGUACCCCAUCCGCAGUGCCUACCCACAGCAGAACUUGUACACACAGGGUGCAUAUUAUACCCAACCAGUGUAUGCAGCUCAGCCCCAUGUGAUCCAUCACACCACUGUGGUGCAACCAAACAGCAUCCCCUCCACGGCCCUCUACCCAGCCCCAGUCCCCGUACCCGCUCCUCGUAACAACGGCAUGGCUGCCAUGGGGAUGGUAGCCGGGACAACCAUGGCCAUGAGUGCAGGGACCCUGCUGACAACGCCCCAGCACCCCCCUAUCGGAGCACACCCCGUUACUGUGCCCACCUACAGGCCCCAGGGGACACCCGGGUACAGCUACGUGCCACCCCACUGGUAGAGCCCACCCAUUUAUAUCUGGAGUCCACCAUCAUAUGCAACUGCUCCCGGUAACCAUGGGAACUCUGCACCACGUCUGCAGAACAAAAACUAAAGUGCAACAGCCACUUUAAUAUCAUUCUCUUACAUUUUUACAAAAGCUGCUUUUAUUUUUUUAAUUGUUUUUUUUCCCCUCUGUUCUUUUGCCAACCAGUCAUCACCUUGUUUUGGUUUUUUUUUUUAAAGACUUUUUUUCUGUCUCUUACUUUCUUUUGCUGUCUCUUUCUUUGGAACUCCAGAAGGACGCUUGACCAAUAACGGGUGUUGGUCAACCCUAUUUGUGUGUGUGUGUGUGUGUGUGUGUGUGUGUGUGUGUGUGUGCGUGCGUGUGUGUGGUCCUGCCUGCUGCUCAGUUGGCUGGAAAAUAUUGCGCACUUACUCCCUCAAUAUCAUCUCCAUCAACCAUUGCAAAGACCUAUUGACUUAUGCUGCCAAAUUUUUUUAACAACUAGAUAUCAGCACAGAGUUUUACACACCAAUUUUAAUUUAGUUUUAUGCAGGUUGUUUUUUCGUCUUCCAUUUUAGUUGUUACCAUUCACAUUCUCUGUUCCUUUUCAACCAACAGUUCCUUUUCACCAUUUUUCUCAUCUGCUUUGUUUCACUUUUAAUCCAACCUCACUUGUCUUCCGGCACCUCACUGUCUUGUGAGUCUGUCACUCUUGUCUCCAUGUGUGUUCUAUCUAUAUUGCUCUCAGCAGUGCACUUACCACGCAGGCAUAAUUUCUAGUGUACACAUGGGCACCACCUACUUCAUGCUACAUACCGUGCAGGCUAGUAUGUUGUGACACUGUUGAUGAAUAUAGUUCAAGAGCAUUUUUUGGGGGAGAGGAGUCAUGCUAUUUAUGUUGUAAGCUUAGGUCAAUACGUUCAGCAAAGGUUAGAAUAGUCACAAUAACCGCGUCAACAAGGCGUGUGGUCGUGCAACACACUCCCUCACACGGGGGCUCCUGUGGUGGGCAACAACACGACCACCUAGUGGCACUUACUGUACAGUCCUGCCAGUUACAAUGUUAUUGAUCAACAACACAAUAAAAUCCACGUUUUUUAAGGAUAGCAUGCGAAUAAAGGAGUUAAAAGGGAUUGUGUUGGUUGAUGAUGCAUUCAUUGCGUAAGAUGUUUGGCUUUGUGCCAUGUCACCUGCAAGGGACAGUCAUAUUUCGCAUCAACAGCGUGGUCUCGUUACCUCACCCAGAGGAGGACCAAUAACCAAACACUCAUUUAAGCGGCAACUUCAACAGGCGCGAUGAGGCCACGUGAUGCUUGUUCGAGUCAAAUUAGAUCAAAAACAGGUCAACUUAGAGGGCACUCACAGGUGACUGUUUAUGUUGGCAAGAACAUCUGACUUUCACGUGUUAAGCCCAAAAUGAAUAAUCACUUUGAUUCAAACUUUAGAGUUAGUGGGUUUUUAUUUGUUGAAUUGGCUGCAAGUGACACAACAAAGCGACACGUGACUGUAAAACGUCGUGUUAAGAGAGAGUUUUAUAUUAUGUAUAUGCACCUCCAUGCUAGAAAUGACCACAAUCCUUUUAGAAUGGUGCGAAAGAUUGUCUUUUCUCACAACUCUGAUAAGAUCAAGGAUAUGCAUACUGCUACUAAUAAGAAUAAUAAUUAAAAAGGCAGACGUUUGCCACUUUCUCCCACGUUUCCAACUAAAACUCGCUUAAAACAGCAUAUUUAGACAUCGUUAUGAGUGAUUUUGCCUUUAACUACUUUUAACUGAAUGAUGCAGUCUAACCUUUAAAAUGAAAUUCUGUGCUGCUGCCAAAUGAAAACCAUGCACAAUAUGUGGGAAAAGUUUAAAAAAAAGGAAAAAAAACUUGCUUUUCAAUGGACAUUAACACUUACACAAUCUUUAUUUUUAGUGUUUGGUCAUUGGUUCUCGGCUUGAGGACAGACAGUGGGAAGGUGUUAAAGUUUAGAUCCAUGGCAUUUUCAGUAAUCACUGGGGAACAAAAAGAUGAGGUGGGUGACUUUGUAAUGAGCAUUUACAGAAGAAGUAUGUCGAUGACGAGGCUUGAUAUUGCAAUAAAAUAUGAGGGAAUGCCUCAAACUAUCUCUUUAAAAAAAAAUCCAGGCUCUAUAAGCAGCCUUAAUAAUGACCAUUACAUAUAAGAAGAGUAGAACAUAUCAACAAUUUGGAUACUGAAUAGGUUUGUGAGGAACUAUUGCACAAAAUUAAACAAGAUACAUAACUUAAUGGCUAUAAUUUAAUGCUAAGUAAGUAACCAGGUACUUAGGCUUUUUAGUGCAAGAGUGAGGAAGACGCUAUUUAUAUUGUAAUUAAAAAAUAAAAACAAAGUGGAGUGUUUGAGGUAUUCUUCGUCCACAUGUUUGUACACUAGAGCGUUAAUGCUCAAGAAAUAUUGCAUAAAGCUGCUGUCAGAUGAAAACCAUAUCUAUUUUUUUUAUUUUAUUUUUAACCUUUUUUAGUUUAUGUGCCUGAUUUUAAAGCAAACAAAAAAAUAGAUUUUUCUUGUGACAGCAGUAAUGUCAUUAGUCUUAAGGAUUUAUUUAACCUACAGUAUUUCUCAAUUAAACUUUUUUUUGUUUGUUCACUCUGGUCAAUUCAACAUAAUGGGUAUGCAUAAUAUUCAGGUGUCUAACUAUAGCAUCGGAGCUCUUAAGUUAAAAAAAAAGCAGUAUAUUUAUACAGCAAGUGGUACAGUAAUGUAUUUCUAGCUAAGCAUGGUUGCAUCAGUGUGGCAGCUACUGUUUGUGCUUUAGGUAUUUGAUUUGAGCUCCUCCUUUUAAAUGUAUUUGUCCUCCACAUAACCUGACUGAGGCAAGGGGGCUUGGGGUGCACGUCUGGGUGUGUAAAUGAGGCUGAAACGAUGGAGGUGAGGGUUCACGCUUUUGGAAGCCUCCCGAGUUGCUUCGUUUGGUUGACAUACCUUGGCUGAGUGAAUUGAAUGAGCAUGUUUCGUUGAUGAUUCUGUCUCCUUUGUGCCAUACGUUCAGUAGCUCUUUUUCUUCUCCUAAGUAACCAGUGAACUGUUAUUAAGUCUUGCUUCCUGUGAAUCUUGUUUUUGUACGACUGUCCUCUUUUUCCUCACACUGUUGAUUGCAUAUUGCCUGUCCAAUUUUUAACCUGUCUUACUGUUUCCUCUUGUCUAUUCCAAUUUUUUGUCCACGCCACCCUUUAGAUGUACCUCUCCAAAUAUGUUAUUCUGCUCUCUUGGGGAAUGCAGAUUCCUCCCAUGACCCCUUUUUUUUUGGUUAACCUUUCAUUCGAACCCUCGCCUCUGAAAUUGUCCCAUUUUCAGUUCCAACUUUUGCAAUCCUCACUGCUACUUUACAUAGGAGUAUUAGGGUCACAUUGAAAAGGAAAAAUACUACUUAUAGAUACUAAUAUUAUGCAAAAAAACAUGUAUGUCACAAUAAGCAAAUGUUGUAAUAAUAGGUCAGAAUAAUACCUUUUUAAAUGUAGUGUUUUUAACAAAUAUGUAAUAUUACCUGCUAGUACUUGCUGGGGAAGUUUGACACUCAUAAUUCUCGUAAUUUUAAGAUUUUUUUUCGUAUAAUUCUGUGUUUUCAGUGUAGCCCUAAUACUCAACGCUGUUUUGCCAUUUUUAAUACAUACACCACUAAGCCAAUAAAAAAAAAAAAAACACCAAGUGUUUAAAAAAAAUGAUGGGAUGCAGUGAGCCAAAAUGAUAUACAGUGGAACCUCUGUUAGGGUCACUCAUUUGUUCCAGAAGGUCUGACUCGAACCGAAAUGUACUCUAACUGAAUCACUUUCCCAAUAAGAAAUCCAAUGGAUCCAUUCAAUGUGAACACGAAAAACUUUUUCAAGUUCUGCAAUUAUAGUUGUAAUGCAUGUACAUGACGAAUGAACAUGGAUGAAUGAACGUUUAACGUCACUUUUGCCUUGAUUGAAGACUUGAUGGUGCGGCAGUGACGCUACCUUCAUGUUUUGAUUAUGUUUUGCUCAUGUUAUUUUUUAAAUUCAGUGUUUCUCACCAUCAUUAUCAAAAUGCUGGCACUUGCUACUUUUUUUUGGCUCGAUUUGUGAGUUAUUUUGCAACUCUGAUCAAUAACAAAAGCUGAGGCUUGCGGUGUAGCUGUGUUGGUUAGCAAAGAACUACGGAGUCAACCGCUCAUGACGUCGUAGACGGAGCUGGGGGACAAUGACUACCAGUUGCCGAUUCCAUGCUAACAGCAGGCUGCUAACAGGGACGUUUUGUGAUUAAAAUACAUUACGAACACAGUCGGACUCACGCAGUGUAUAACACGACACGACGUGCACCAUAUUGAAUGCGAACCAAGGCAACAUUUUUGCAUCCAUUUUUGACGACAACCGAAAAAUACACUAACGGAGGUUCCACUGUAUUAACAAAUGAAUGAAUGUCUCAUGAGCAGUUAAACAGAUGAACUUUUGGAGCACUGAGAGAAUUGUUUUAAGUGGUUUAAAAGUUUAAGACGCUCUAUAAUACAUUGUAUAUGGUGCUUAUACAUUUUUCUUAUUGGGGAACAUUCUUGAACAAGAAGCGCAGCUUCAGAGGCAGACCUGCUUUGCUGUUUUAGACAAUUAGAGAAAACAAUUGGCACAAAGCAGGUCGUUUUCCUUCCUCAUUUGACUCCAUUCCUUGCCUCUCGAUUUCAAUUUGCACUUAAAGUAGAAAUGGACAGUUAAACACUUAUGUGUUAACUCUCUUCGGCAUUGUACUUAUGCGGGAAAAGGAGUGUCUUUUUUUUUCUUCUUCUUCCAGGCGUAUAUUUUAAGCUCUUUCACUUUUUUCCAGUGAAAAUGCGACCAACCGAUUCAUAGCGCCUCUUCUUCCAUUCUUCCAUUUUCAACCACCCCCUUCCUUCCUUUUAUUUGCAGUUACUAAGUCUUAUUUUCUUUUUUUUUUAUAAAAAAGAAAACACUACUAUAUCACAAUGAAUAGUAGGUUCUUAAAUGUAUUUGAUGUUCUGCUGCAGCUUUUUAAUUUCAACUAUGUCAGCGAUAACUCUUGGUUCAAUUUGACACUAAAUGUGAUGCAAAAAGUGGAAAUUCCUUGUCUUCCAAAAAAAAAAAAAAUACAAGCAAGAAAGAAAGCAUACUUGCAUCCAUCCGUCUCGGAUCGAGUAUUAGGAACAACCCAACUUUUGGAAGUUUUAGUUUGGUACCCAGUUUGCACAUGCUAUGGUAUUUACCGUAAGGUUGUGUUUGGAAACCGAAGCCCAACGUCUGUUCAGCGUUGAGAGAAGUGAAUUGUUUGUUAGCUAUUUGGUCCAGAGUGAAGGACCUGCGUCAGGCUUGUGAUAUGAAGUGUAAAUCUGUUUUUUUUUUUUUUUAUGUUUUUUAUGUUGAGGUUAUUUUUUUGUAAGAUCAGUUAGUGAUCUUAGUACUAUAACUAAGCCAAGUUUGUAAUUGUAUAUUUACUGUAAAAUGUAGAACAUUGAAUAAUUAUUAAAAUUUUCCUAUAAAAGGAAAACUGUUUUGUGUGA